CAGUUGUCUCCCCUGUCUCUAACUCUGUGUCCAAAAAAACUAGUGAAACUCUUCUGUAAAUAAAUCGUCUUCAGCCAUCGCGAACGUACUGUUUUUGACCCAUGAAGGAAUCCGUAGAAUCUCGCGAUACCCACAGGUCGCGGGAACUCUCUGAUGGCUUCUCCUGUUCUUAAUCGCGGGGUUCUGGCCUAAGGAAAACGAUGGCAUGUGUUCUCUUUCCCUGGUAGAAGUGACAUUCGUUUCCUUUUGACAACUUUAAAGCUAUUUGAAAGUGUUUAUGUGGAUAACAAAAUGAAUAUCAAAGCAGGUUGUUUUUUCUGGAAUUUCAGACAAUUCAGUACUUUGGUUCUAACAAGCAGAACUGUGAGGCUAGAUCCUUUGCGAUUUUGCAGAUCAAAAAUUGUUUAUCCAAACUGGAACCCAAGAAACCUUCUCUUAAAUGACCUGGAUAAUGGAAUGCAAUCUUCUGUUAGAUAUUUGUUUCAGGAUGUGUUACUUUCUAAAUCAGGAGAUGAUGGCCUUCAAACAAAGAGGCUAAGCACUGUACCAGUCCUUACAGUUGACAGAUCACUUUGCCCUAGAAGACUGUCUUUUGACUCAAAAUACUCUGUCUCUGAUGCUACAUCUGAUAAUGAGUUGAAGAAGAUAAACUUUCAUCAUGAGGUCUCCAAUGAAGAUCUUCUCACUAAGGAAACAAAACCAACCCCUGUCAACUAUAGAAAACUGGCUCAGGUGUGUAAUUCCCUGAGUGAUGUGUUAGAUACAUUUUCAAAAGCACCUACAUUUCCUAGUAGCAACUAUUUCUCAGCAAUGUGGACAAUUGCCAAAAGGAUGUCUGUUGAUCAAGAGCGCUUUGAAAAGCAACUGAUGUUUAACCAUCCUGCGUUUAGCCAGCUGUGUGAACACAUGAUGAGAGAAGCCAAGAUCAUGCGCUGUGAUGACCUGCUCUUCAGUUUUCAUGCUAUGGUGAAGCUUGGAAUCCCUCAGAAUACUCUUCUGAUGCAGACUUUAUUGAGGGUUAUCCAGGGGCGUAUCAAUGAGUGUGAUGAAAAAUGUCUUUCAGUUCUGUCAACUGUUUUAGAGGCAAUGGAGCCAUGCAAGAAUGUAGAUGUUCUUCGAGCAGGAUUGCGGAUUCUAGUUGAUCAGCAAGUUUGGAAAAUAGAACAUGUCUUUACAUUGCAAACCAUGAUGAAAUGUAUUGGAAAAGAUGCACCUGUUGCUCUUAAAAGGAAACUGGAGAUGAAAGCCUUGAAGGAAUUAGGCAGAUUUUCUAUUUUGAAUAGCCAGCGCAUGUUUGAGGUACUAGCUGCCAUGAAUCACCGUUCUAUUAUACUCCUGAAUGAAUGCAGUAAGAUGGUCAUGGAUAAUAUUCAUGGAUGUCCUUUUAAGAUAUUGGUUAGCAUAUUGCAGUCAUGCAAAGACCUCCGAUACCGUAAUGUAGAUCUCUUCAAGGGAAUAGCAGAUUAUGUGGCUACAACUUUUGACAUCUGGAAGCUGAAACAAGUUCUCUUUCUCCUCAUUUUGUUUGAAAACUUUGGCUUUCGACCUAUUGAAUUGAUGGACUUGUUUAUGAAGAAAGUAGUGAAUGAACCCAAAUCCUUAAACAUGAAAAGCGUUGUGUCUAUUCUUCAUGUAUAUUCUUCUCUCAAUCACUUCCACCAAUGUCAGAACAAAGAGUUCCUAGAUGUUAUGGCUAGUGCUCUGACCAGUUGUCUUCACCAGAUACCUUCUGAAAACCUGUUGAAUGCUGUAUGUUCAUUUUGCUUGAUGAAUCAUUUCCCCCUGGCUCUUGUUAAUCAGCUUCUCCAAAAGGACAUCAUUAGUGAGCUGCUGAUGUCAGGUGAUGUAGAGCGGAAUGUUUACAAGCUUCAUAUUUUGGAUACUUGUCUAAAAUUUGAUGAUACUCCUUAUCACAAGUCCAUAGACUUAUCACUGCCACAGCAGCCAUCAGCACCAUUAAAUCCAAAUACAAGGGUUGAAGAGGUGCUAAGCAGUGUUCUGGGAGGUGAAGGAUACUUUUCAAAAAAUGUACAGUUGCCACAUAAUUAUCAUAUUGAUUUUGAAAUCAGAAUGGAUACCAACAGAAGUCAACUGUUUCCAUUUUCUGACACAGAUGUGGUCUCUUCUGCAGAUAUUCAAAGAGUAGCUGUGCUUUGUGUUCCUGGAUCUGCUUACUGUUUGGAUUCAGUCCACCCCAGAGGAUUUCUUGCUAUGAAGAUACGGCAUUUGACUGUAAUGGGUUUUCAUGUGAUCUUGGUCAAUAAUUGGGCGAUUGAAAAACUAGAGAUGGAGGAUGCAGUCACAUUUUUGAAGACUAAAAUCUAUUCAACCGAAGCCCUUCUGACUGCUGAUGUAAAUGUGCAAGGGACAUGUUAAAGUAAAAACCAACCUUUUCAUAUUAGGAAAGAUGAACUUGUAAAAAUUACUUUAAUAAAGACUACAAUUCAGAGUCAAUGGAAUUCACUUGGCAGCUCACUGUAA